AUGGUGAUCGGAUUCUCGGAUGCGGACUACCUGAGUAUCUUGCACCCACACACGGACGCUUUGGUUAUCACCUUAACAGUGGCAAAUCAUAACGUCCAUCUCAUCUUGGUGGACAAUGGGAGCUUGGCGGACAUCCUGUAUUGGUCUGCAUUCAAGAAGUUAAACCUGGGACAGGAAAAAAAUUGUCCCAACCAACUGUACUUGAUGGGAUUCACGGGGGAACAAGUACAGCCAGUCGGAUCAAUUGAGCUACCGGUCACAGCCAGGUCAUAUCCAAGGCAAGCAACUAUAAUGGUACGUUUCCUAUUGGUCGACCGACCUUCAGUUCAUAAUGCCAUUAUCGGGAGAAAGGCUCUCAAUGAACUAAGAGCCAUCACAUCAACCCCACACCUCAAGGUGAAAUUCCCGACGGAUCACGGAGUCGGGGAAAUUAGGGAUCUUGACGAAUUCUUGGUCAACGAACCCGACAGAGUUAUCAAAAUUGGGUCCCAACUAGAUCCAAUCACCAAGAAAGAGCUCAAGUCCUUCCUCCACAGUAACUGCGAUUUAUUCGCCUGGAGUCAUGAUGACAUGCCCGAAAUAGCACCUUCAGUCAUGGUGCACAAGCUGAACGCCAACCCUAAGUUCAAACCGGUACAACAAAAGCGAAGGGGAUACUCGCCUGAAAAUAGUAGAGCUGCCACUGAGGAAGUCGAGAAAUUGCAUGAAGCCGGAUUCAUCAAGGAAAUCCAAUACACCACUUGGUUGGCGAAUGUGGUGCUGGUGAAAUAG